CGCGGGUCGGCGCUGUGGGCUGAAGUGAUGAGGCGGUUAGCCGGCCGAGAUGGCGGAUGUUCUUGCUGUGUUCAGAAGGGGAUGGACUCAGUUUUGGAGUUACGGCGGUAUUCGUGGUGCUUUGUUUCAUCUUCUAAGAACAAGUGAACUAAAAACUGGGAACCUUGUUGGGGAAGACAAGUAUGGAAACAAAUAUUAUGAAGACAAACGAUAUUUCUUUGGUCGACAUCGAUGGGUUGAAUACACUGAAGAGAUGAAUGGGAAGAACACUUACUGGGAAGUAGAUGGAAGCAUGAUUCCUCCAGAGUGGCAUCGUUGGAUUCACUGCUUUACUGAGCACCCACCCACUACACACCCUCCAGUUGAAAGGAAAUUUAUCUUCAAAACGCAUCAGUUUAACAUGAGCGGCACGCCAGGACAGUAUGUACCUUAUUCAACUACUCACAAGAAGAUUCACGAGUGGGUCCCACCACAAAGCAGCAAGUGAGCCACGUGUGGCCCAACUUGCAUUCAAAAUGAUUCCUUCUACUCCUUCCUCAUUCUAUGUGGACAUUAAACAAAUAAAGUUAUGUUAUCAAUA